CACAAUUUGCACGAGCUCCAUAGCUCCCCAUCAAUGUUCGGCACCACUAAACAAAUCCACCAGUGAUUAGAAAAUUAGUAAACCAGCGGCCUUAAGAUUUCCUCUCUUCUGGUGAUCCAAAAUCAGACGAGGGACUCGUGGAUCCGGACGUAGCAAUGGAAGGCGCGGGGAGGAGGAGGAGGACGACGACGGUGUGCGUGACCGGCGCGGGGGGCUUCUUGGCGUCGUGGCUCGUGCAACGCCUCCUCGCCGGCGGCCGAUACACGGUCCACGGCACCGUCCGCGAUCCCGGCGACGCCAAGAACGCGCACCUGGCGGCGAUGGGCGGCGCGGCGGAGCGGCUGCGGCUGUUCAAGGCCGACCUUCUGGACCACGGCAGCGUGGCGGCGGCCGUCGCCGGCUGCGACGGCGUCUUCCACGUGGCCUCCCCCGUCCCCACCACCGCCAUCACCAACCCGGAGGUUGAGCUGCUUGCUCCCGCCGUGACGGGGACGAUGAACGUCCUCAAGGCGUGCUCCGAGGCCAACGUCAAGAGGGUCGUCGUGGUGUCGUCUCUCUCUGCUAUAAUGGUGAAUCCUCACUGGCCCGAGAAGGUCAUGGACGAAAGUUGCUGGUCCGACAUCGACUGCUGCAGAACCACCGAGAACUGGUAUUGCCUGUCCAAAACAUUAGCAGAGCUCGAGGCAUUUGACUACGCCAAGAGAUCUGGACUGGAUGUUGUGUCACUCUGCCCGUCCCUGGUGAUCGGACCCCUGCUACAACCUACACUGAACGCAAGCAGCUCGGUCAUAGUUGAUUGCUUCAAAGGAGAUCGUGAGGUGAAAAGCAAACUAAGGAGCUUCGUGGAUGUUCGAGAUGUCGCCGAUGCUCUGCUCCUGGUGUAUGAGACCCCGGAGGCGUCUGGACGGUACAUUUGCAACUCACACCAGAUACAAGUGUCUGAUGUCGUAGACCUACUGAAGAGCUCAUAUCCGACUUGCAAAUAUGCCAACAAGUUUGUUCGAGUGAGCGACGAGCCUAUUUUCAGCUCCAAGAAGUUGGAGACGCUGGGGUGGAAAUUCAGGCCGUUUGAGGAGACACUCAGGGACAGCGUUGAAUCCUACAGGGCUGCAGGCAUCCUGGAUUGAGCAAACAGAGUCCUGUCUUGUAUGUCUGCCUUCGCAUUUCGAAAAUCAGAGUUGUCUUGUACAUACAUACUUGAGAAUUGAGGUGAACAGUAUUUUAGACAUGAAAAGGGACCAAGCUUGUUGGUGUAAAUAUGGCGCUAAGGUUACUUUGCAGUUCUCCAGUUUCAUAAUCAAGUAAUAUUACUGUUGAUUUUUGAAACA